UGUCUUUAUGACCCCCCACCUGUCUGACCCCCUCACAGAGGCAUGAAGGUGAUCGAGAACCGGGCUCUGAAGGACGAGGAGAAGAUGGAGCACCUGGAGGUCCAGCUGAGGGAGGCCAAGCUGAUCGCUGAGGAGGCCGACCGUAAAUAUGAGGAGGUUGCUCGCAAGCUGGUGAUGGUGGAGGGAGAACUGGAGAGGGCCGAGGACCGGGCCGAGCAGGCAGACAGUAAGGUUUGGAGGCUGGAGGAGCAGCUGAGGGGUUUCGACCAAUCACUGAAGAGCCUGCAGGCGUCUGAAGACAAGUACUCCAACAAGGAGGACCGCUACGAGGAAGAGAUAAAAAAUCUCAGCAACAAGCUGAAGGAGGCGGAGACCAGAGCCGAGUUUGCCGAGCGUACGGUGGCCAAACUGGAGAAAACUAUUGAUGGCCUGGAAGGUGAGACUGGUCUGAGUGUUUUGGUAGUAAUCACUAAUCAACAAUCAAUCAAAUCAAAUUAAGUAAC